AUGAGAACCAGAGUAGGUGACCCUACCAUGCUAGAGAACUUGACCGUUCCUGAGCAUGAUAAAAUGCUAAAGAUCUGGUACUUGAAAACAGACCUCCGCCACAAAUUCCUGGCGUUGAUAGAGGAAAAAAAACCGCUGGUUCGCGUCUGUCGCCCAGGAGAACAAACAACGCUUGGAACCGAUGGGCAGCAAAAGUUGAUUGAGUUGGUUCGUAAACGAGCACAAGCACUCCGAAAGGUUUUGAAUAAUUACAACAAACAGGUUCGCGAGUUUAUUCAACUCUUCCCUGAGCGUGCACACCCAAGGCAGCUGGAGUACGACGAGCUUUUGAAGCUUGAAGCGGAAGAUGCAUUUUGGAACGACGGUCUAUUUACCAAUCGGAACGAGCCAUGGGCAGUCGACCCUAUCACUCAAAAGGGGAUCCGUCAUCUUGCCGCUUUCAACCGCGGGCUAGAAGAACAACGUCGUCUGGGAUGGGAGGUUCGUCGAGCCAUGCAAUGGGCAGUUGAACGACACGACACACUGUCACACCUGAUCCUACAGAUGACUACUGUCACCGGUGGCAGCAAUCGCGAGUGGACCGAGCUAGCAGCGCAUCCCAUCCUUCAAACCCUUGUUGCCCACCCAAUUCUACAAUCACUCGCUGCUCCAAAAAAGACGACAGUGGCGAGAUUGUUGUUGCAAUCUGAGCUUGUGAAAAUAUAUCAACUCCAAAUCGCAUGGCAGCGGACUUGCAUCACGAUCCUGAACAAUACCCAGCAGCAACUUGGAGACGAAAACCUCCGUGAACAUUGGUCGCAGCAGCUGGAGCACAUAGAGCUUGGCUAUUACUCCAUGAUACCAGGCUCUGAUACUGGUGCUGGCGAACCUGUUAAUGGUGCUAGCGAGACUGUUCGAGGUGGCGCAGGAGAAGAAUCUAGUGAGCUGGCGCCGGAUCCCGGGUUGUUUCAACUCAAUACUGAUAGAGAUGAAGAUGAAACUGAUGAUGAAGGUUACCUGCAAGACAUAUCUGUCAUAGUCAACGAGACAAUGAUGGAGCAACUUGCAAAUGACACUGAAGAGGUGGAUGAGGGUGGGAAUGCAAAUGAAUUAGAAUAA